CGGCGUAUGUCUCACCUCCAUCUUGAUGAAUUCACCGCAAUAUUGUCAAGGUUCGUCGGAAGGAGGUUGCAUUCGGCAGAGCCAUCAGCCUUAUGCAUUUUUAGUAUGUAAACCAACCAUCGGUGAUAAAUGGUAUAAAUACCCGAAGAACUAUCUAUAAGACUCUAUCAAGUUUGAGCAUCAGUUCUUUAACACAUCCCAUACACGUAACAGGUCCACAAUGAAAUCGUCAACCAUUCUUCCCGUUUUUGGUCUCCUAGUGUCCCUUUGCCAGGCUCAGGCCGACCCCAAUACCCUUGCAAGGUACAAUCCAGCCAACAGGACAAUGUCAGCUAAUACCACAUAUUGCCUUGUUCCCAUCAGCAAAACUCUUGUCAAGACCAUUACUGGGUAUGAUCCUUUGGACAUCGACAUUAGCAUCCUGCCAUCUUUCCCGACUGGAAAACACCCGCUCAUUGUACAAGCUGGCUACCAAAAGGAUAUUCGCAUGACGGCACUGAACCUUAUCCCACUACAGAUAGACUCUCUCAUGCAGGGCUCUCUCAUUGUGCCCUUUGUUGAUGUCACGAAGGACGGACAAACCCCCGUCGGCGUCCCAGUCAACUUUUACAUCGGUGGGACUAAUGGACAACCGCUCCAGGCAAUCGUGCCUAGUAUCGCCUCAGGUGUUUCGCCCUUUGAAGGAACCACCAUCUUUCCGGCGACCUUUUCUCCCGAUACAUCAGCUGCGAGGGCUCUCUCUAAUGGUUUCAACAGUAUACAGGUGAAGCCUUUUCUUCUCCCGAACACUAUCUCUGGGCCUGGAAUCUACGCCGAAGCAUUCGACAUUUCGUUCAAAACGAUAGACAGUUCCCCUUAUACAGCUCACACUUUUCACUCGCUAUUGAACAUCCCCCAACUUCUUAACACCAAAAAGUGUCAGCGCAAUACCGUCUACUUCAAUGAGUCGUCUUCUGAGCCGCAGAUGGCUGUUGGGGAGGUGACACUUUAUCACCAGAUUUUGGCUACACCUCCACAGGGUUUAGAAGGAGUUUAUAGGGAUGUGUAUUGCUAUUCAGCUAAUGGCCAGGUUGUCUCGAGCCUGGGCGAGCCUUGCAAAGUUGCGGCAGCCAACAUGGACCCAGAAGCUAAGGUUUAGAGAUCACGCUAGAUAGAGACUAUCGCCAGUCAUCUGAACGAAAUGGACGGAUGAUUCGUUCAAUUGCCUACCACCAGCUGACCUAACCUUUAAUUCACAACUGGCUUGGCUCCGUCUAAGGCAAAGGUCAGCUCUAUUGGGUUCCAUUCGCGCCGGUUAAACCUCGAUCGCACUAGAGGGUGUCCCCUUUAUCAAGUUACUUUAUCACUGGUGCCCGAAACAAAUACAAUGAGAACUGUAGCAUAGCUGAUACUCUAUGUUAGUAAAUUGCAAUUACGCCAAGGCGUGACCACUCACGUUGUCCCAGCUACUACAAGUUCAGUCGUUUUCGCCCGUGUCAACCCGGAUAAUACUAAAAGGUACACGAUAGUCGACAACAUGACAAUAAAAAUACGAACCGCUGCUGUCGACACGACGUUGC